UCCUCAACGUCGCCUCUCGAUGUAUCCAGAACGACAUCAAGUUGUGACCGAUUACCAGGCAAGAGACUAUUUCGGUCUAUCGAUCUUCACUCUACUGUGCUGCUGUUUACCGAUUGGAAUAUUUGCUCUUCUCAACUCGAUGAAGGUUCGCGAAGCUAACGCGUCUGGUGACGAAUUCAGUGCGACUCAAGCGUCUGCUACUGCUCGUCGACUGAAUCUUGUUGGGAUCAUUUCUGGUGUUGUUUUUAUGGUCAUUGUUGCGGUUGUGGUACUUGUGGUGGACCUUGUUUCUUGCUCUCGCGACUAUGUUGGUCAUAAGAGAUGUUGA